AUCAAUUCAUUCCUUUGCAAGUCAGCCUCGUUAUCCGGUUCACUCGCGUGGGCCGCAGCAACCGCCUCGCUCCCUCGACUCCGCAUCUACUAAACCUCCUCCUGGCGUCUCCCUGUGAAAUUCUCCGCCGUUUAAUCUCUCAUUUCUAUGUCGAGCACGCGGUAUGAGCCGCUGUUGCACGACCCCGACGAUGAACCAGAGCACGAUCAAAUCCUGAAGAAGCAUACGCUGCAGCCUCUGCACGUCCGUCCGCAGACAUACUACGGGGACGGGCCGUUCGACGCGCCGAGUUCAGAUGAGGAGGAUGAAGCGCUGCUGUUCGAGAAAACAUCCCCGACGAGUCCUAGUGUGGCCGAGCGUGGCAUGGGCGCACUCCCCAAGCGGGCAAGCUCGGUCCGCCUGCUCGUCAUCGCCCUCGCGUCCCUCGUCGGUCUUUCGGCGCUCAUCGGGAUAAUAGCGGCCAAUUCCUACGUCAGCAACACCUACCGCCCGCCCGGUGUGCGCAAAAUCACCAUGGACCACGUCUACAAUGGGACAUUCGCGGUGGACAGACGGAGUCUCGCUUGGGUGCCGGAAGCGGGAGAUGGUGUGUUCUCGAUUUUCGAGGACGGCUAUAUCAAACUGGUUGACCUCAAGACGAACGUCACCAAGGACCUUGUGUAUAUGUUUGACGUGAAUAAUAACGGGCUGCCGCUCUCAUGGGCCACAUGGAAACUCUCUCCGGACAUGAAGUAUAUCCUCGUCAAGUCGGACCAUAAGAAGUUGUGGAGGCACUCCAGCUUCGGGAACUACUACAUCCACGAGAUUGCGUCCAAGAAAACCACGCCGCUCAUUCCACCUACUUAUCCUCCCACGGUGUCCUACGCGACGUGGUCUCCGACGGGCGAAUCCAUCGCGUACGUGACAGGAAACGAUCUUUACAUUCUGCCUUCUCCCUCGGCCAAGGCUCCCAUCCGCCUGACGACGACGGGCUCUACGUCAUUGUUCAAUGGCGUGCCCUCUUGGGUCUACGAGGAGGAGAUCCUCUCCGGCGACCACGCGCUGUGGUUCUCGCCCUCCUCAACCAAGCUGUCUUUCCUGAUCUUCGACGAGAGCCUGGUCGACGAGUACACCUUCCCUAUCUAUAAUCCUACCGAGGACUCGGAUGCCGUCGUCCCAUACCCCGGCGAAGUGAAGAUGAAAUACCCGAAGCCGGGAUACAAGAAUCCGCUGGUCAAGGUUGCCGUGUUUGACCUCGCGCAUUAUCUCGUCGAGCAGAACGCGACGAGCAAGCCGUCGGUAGAGAUUCUCAUGCUCGACUGGGCCGGGCGACACAAGGAGGACGACAGCAUCAUCUCGGAGAUCAAAUGGGUCUCGGAUACUGCCCUCAUUCUGAAGGAGGUCAACAGGAACGCGGACAACGGGAGUGUGGUCUUGUUCGACAAGCUGGACAAAUCCACGUCGCUUCUCUCGUCCAAAAGGGCGCGCGGGAUCGUUGUCCGUAAGCUGGGCAAAGACGGCGAGGAGGGAGAUGACGGCUGGAUCGACAGCUUCCAAAAUAUGUAUCCCCUCCACUCUUCGCUCGUGAGCACCCUUUCAGCUGGCACGUCGUCUGGCGCGUACUUGGAUGUCGUCCCGAGCCCCGAAGGGUACAAUCAUCUGGCGCUGUUCAGCCCGCCCACCAGCUCGAAGCCCAUCUGGCUUACUUCCGGGAAAUGGGAGGUCACCCGCGGCGUCAAGGGUGUUGACCUCGAGAAGGGAAUCGUCUACUUUGAAGCAGCCAAUCCUCUUUCGACGUCUCGUCACCUGUAUUCUGUUGCCCUCCCUUCUCUCAACCUGGCUGCGACUACGAAGCCGAAGAUUGCGGCCCCCAUCGCACUCACGGAUACCUCAGAGUCGGCUUACUACUCGUCCGACUUUUCGCCGGAAGCAGGAUUCUACCUUUUGAGCUACAAUGGGCCGGGCAUCCCUACGCAGUCUGUCAUCCAAGCCAACAACAGCGAUUUCGAGUACAUCCUGACCACGAACGAGCGCCUGGCCAAUGUCACGAUGGAGUACGAAGCACCGACCCGGUCGUUCUCGACCAUCGAAGUGGACGGGUUCGAACUGAAUGUCCGUGAAAUCCGGCCCCCGCGGAUGGACGACAGCGGCCGCACCAAGUAUCCUGUCCUGUUCUACGUGUACGGCGGGCCGUUCAGUCAAAUGGUCGACCUGUCCUUCCAGCGAGGCGAUUGGGCAGAGUAUCUCGCCUGCGGGCACUCGUAUGUCGUCGUGACGGUCGAUGGGCGGGGGACGGGCUUCAAGGGCCGGGCUCUGCGGAACCCUGUCAAGGGCAAUCUCGGAUUCUGGGAAACCAAGGACCAGAUUGAGGCUGCUCGCAUCUGGGCCGCGAGGGACUAUGUCGAUCCGAAGAGGAUAGGUGUCUGGGGAUGGUCGUACGGCGGAUUCAUGGCUGCAAAGGUGGUCGAGGCUGAUGCUGGCAUCCACUCCUUGGCCAUGUCUGUAGCGCCCGUGACGAGCUGGAAGAUGUACGACUCGAUCUACACCGAGCGCUACAUGAAUCUCCCUUCGCUGAAUCCGGGCGGCUACGUCAACGCCUCGAUCUCGAACGUGACCGCGUUCGAGAAGGUGGACUACCUGCUCGCGCACGGCAGUGCGGACGACAACGUGCACUUCAGCAACUCGGCGCAUCUGCUGGACAUGUUCACCAAAGCGCACAUCCGCAACUUCCGGUUCAGGAUGUUUACGGACAGCGAUCACGGGAUCAACAGGCGCGGGGCGAACCGGGAGGUGUAUGAGUAUAUGACUGCUUUCUUGACUGAGAAAUGGGGAAAGGGGGGCAGGAAGCGUGGAUGGUAGAUUAUAUUACUUAUCAGGACGUUGGAGAUUGUCUGCAUCUUAUUCAUAUGCUUGCACUUGUUUGGCGA